AUGGAGACCGACGCCCGAAGCCCUGCAGGGCUACUUCUUACUUUAGAAUCAUUGGAAUAUUCUAGGGGAGAUAAUAAUGAGAUUGACGAGCAAGCAUACGACAGCGAUGCUGCCGCAGAUUAUAAUACCAAUCUUCUGAACAGAAGGAAAGAUAAAAGUGGUGAGCUGGCGUUACCAGCGUCCUUGAAUACUACGCUUUUGAGCACUUCAUAUGCUGCCACGCUUGUACCAGAGGCUCAAACUUAUGUGUCUGUCGACUUUAAUUUAGGUGAUUGGAACGAAAUAUUUCCGACAGAACCUAACGUCGAGGUUGCGAUGGCUGGUUUCAUAGAGGCCGGUAAUCUCAGUCCACAAUUUCCCCUGACCCCAUUCGUCAACCAUGAGGAAACUUCCGGCCAGAUAGCCACUGCACCAUUGUUUUCACCAAGUCCCCCGAAAUUGUCGGAAGCAACUGAUGGACUCAAGCGACAUACCAAGAAUAUCCACACCCAAAACUUCCAGGUAGUCUGUCCUGUACACGGGUGUCAUCGAACUACGCAGCCAUUCAAGGAGAAGACAAAUUUAAUGAGCACUUCCGAUAACAUGAUGGUUCGCGAAGUUAUCGGUGCCUGA